AUGUCGUUAGAUUCUGAGGCAUUGCUAAAUAAUAUAGAAAAUCUUGAAAGCUCUUCAGUGCAACUCGAUCCUGCAGUAUUAGAAAAUAUCUCAAUUUAUUCACAUAUCGAAGGAAGUCACUCCCAUACUAAUCCACAAAUUCAAGGUGCUGAAGACGACCAUGCUGCUGCAGCUGAUGAGGUUAAUCCCGCGCCUGCCAACCUACGUGCACUGGAACUAGACGCAGCUGCGCAGCGCCACUCUCCUGGUUCUCCUGCACCGGAUCCAGCAGCUGCUGAGGGAAAUCCCGCGCAUGACAACCUACCUGCCUUGGACCUGGAUGUAGCUGCGCAGCACCGCUCUCCUAGCUCUCCUGCACUGGAUCGGGAGGCUGUUGAGGGAAAUCCCGCGCCUGUCAACGUAUCUGCCCUGUACCUGGAUGCAGCUGCACAGCGCCGCUAUCCUGGCUCUCCUGCACCGAAUUCAGCAGCUGCUGAGAGAAAUCCCGCGCCUGACAACCUACCUGCGCUGUACCUAGACGCAGCUGCGCAGCGCCACUCUCCUGGUUCUCCUGCACCGGAUCCAGCAGCUGCUGAGGGAAAUCCCGCGCAUGACAACCUACCUGCAUUGGACCUAGAUGCAGCUGCGCAGCAGCGCUCUCCUAGCUCUCCUGCACUGAAUCGGGAGGCUGUUGAGGGAAAUCCCGCGCCUGUCAAAUUAUCUGCCCUGUACCUGGACGCAGUUGAGCAGCGCCGCACUCCUGGCUCUCCUGUAUCGGAUCCAACGGCUGCUGGGGAAAAUCCCACGCCUUCCAACCUACCUGCUCUGGACCUGGACGCAGCUACGCAGUGCCGCUCUCCUAGCUCGUCUGCAUCAGAUCGGGAGGCUGCUGAGGAAAAUCCCGCGCCAGCCAACCUUCCUGCCCUGGACUGGGACGCAACUACACAGUGCCGCUCACCUAGCUCUUCUGCACCACCAGAACUAAACGCUACUGUAAGAUAUCCAACUCCGGCCAGCACACUUGCACUGGAGGUAGUUGCAGAGCGUGGCUUGUCCGGCUCUCCUGUGCCGGAACGAGAUGCUGCCGAAACGAAUUCUGCGCCUACCAGUCCAUCUGCUUUGGAUCGGGAAGCAUUUGUACAACGCAACCCUUCUAUCUGUCAUGUGCUGGACCCAGAGGCCGCCGAAAGAAACUCCGUGCCUGACACACUCCCCGAGAUAAGUCCAGCGACCAAUUGCAGACCAAGCACUCCUCCACUGAUAAAUUAUGAUUGGGAACACACGAACACAGACAUAACUUCGUUCGAGUUUGAUGAAAGUUCAGCAGGUGUCCAGUUUGAAGUCAACCCAGCUAUGACAGUUAUGGAAAUAUUUGAUAAAAUUCUUAAUCCUAAUAUUGUAGACUAUAUUGUAACAUGUACUAAUACGUACGGGCGAGCACUAUGCGAGAAAACAAGACCUACUACUCGAAACUCACGUAGCUAUAACUUUAGGGACACAAACCGGGAAGAAAUCUUGAAAUUUUUUGGAUUAUGUUUGCUUAUGGGUCAAAUCAAAAUUCAUCAAAAACGCAAAAAUUUUACGUAUUCCGACCCACUGUAUUAUCACCCAAUUUUUCACUAUGUGAUGUCCGCUCGAAGAUUUGAGCAAAUCUUGAGAUGUAUUUAUGUAUCAGAUUUAGAUUCAAAAGGAAAAGAUAAAAUUGAAAAAUUUAUUAAUGCUAUUACCAAGAGCUUCAUGGAGUGCUAUAAGCCAUACAAACAGUUAAGUUUGGAUGAAUCUUUGCUUUUAUUUAGAGGCCGCCUUGCCUUCAGACAAUAUAUAAAGAGCAAAAAAACCAAUUGUGAUUUCUUGCUUUUCCGAGAGGAAUUGAUUCGAAGACUGUUGGACUUACCAGCAGAUUUAACAGCAGAGCAAGUGAUUUUAGCUCGCAGCAAAUAUGACAACAGAAUCAGAGCUAAUUUAUUGCCACUUCCAGUCAGUACCAUUGACGACGACGUCGGAAGCUCAAGAGUCCAUGGUCACUGGCCUGAGAAAAUACCCGUGCAAGAGGGUUCAAACAAAACAUCAAAGUACUUGAAAUGCAAGAUGUGCACGAAAAAAAAGAUUUUAGAACAGUAUUAUUGUUACUUUUCAACAUGGCUUAACAAUAACAAUAUAAAGUCAACAAUGCUCAAUACGAAUUUGAUAGGUCUCAAAGUAACAAAUUUAAAAUCGUUUCUACGAUUAACAAAUUCAAAUGUAAGCCUCAAGAAAAAACUGUAUUUAUCCACUGGUAAAACUGCACAUCCAUGUUUAUGUGGACAAGUAUACUUUAAGAAAGAACAGAAACAAGCUGAUGAAAUAUUUUAUAAAAAUGUUCGAUUUCACACAACACACAGUGAUCAGCAUAGACAAAAGGUAGUCAUAGAGACGUCUACCCCGAAAAUUAUCAUAGAUCGAAUAGAAAGGAGGAAAAAGGUGUUACCAGUGGAAAAAAGUAUUGAUGUUAGAUUAGGUGAUCUGUGGAAGAACAAAAUAGAUCCAUAUGUUAAGUUAGCAAGAUGGGACAGACCUAUUGGUGUUUACCUCCUCUACUGGCCAUGUUCAUGGUCAAUAGCCCUGGCGUCUAUACCUGGAACUGUGCCAUUAUACACCACAUUGGAAACAGCUGGACUGUUUCUCUUGGGAGCCGGUCUUAUGAGGGGCGCCGGCUGCACUAUCAAUGAUAUGUGGGAUAAGGAUGUCGAUGCUCAGGUGGAGAGAACCAAAGACAGGCCGCUGGUUUCCGGGGCAUUAACUGAUAAGCAAGCAAUGGUAUUCCUAGCCGCUCAGCUCACCUUGGCUCUGGGAGUUCUUCUACAGUUGAAUUGUUACAGUAUAGUCCUCGGAGCAAGUAGUAUGUUGCUCGUAGUAACCUACCCUCUGAUGAAACGGAUCACAAACUACCCUCAAAUAUUCCUAGGGGCGACUUUCAACUGGGGGGCGCUACUGGGUUACUCGGCGAUACAAGGCAGUUUGGAGCCCUUGAUUUGUCUGCCCCUGUACGCUGGAGCCCUUGCAUGGACUGUGGUCUAUGACACCAUUUACGCUCAUCAGGAUAAAGACGACGAUGCCCGUAUAGGCAUGAAGUCGACGGCCCUUACCUUUGGGGAGCAUACUAAGCCAGCUCUGGGGGCCACAUUGACAUUGAGUGUCGCCUCGCUUAGUGGUGCUGGGUUUGCAGCCGGGCUAGAUUUACCUUAUUACGUGGCGCUGGCUUUAUAUGCGUUACACGCUGGAAGACAGAUAUACACACUAAACCCGGAUAAUCCCGAAGAUUGUGCGAGAAAGUUCAAAUCUAACUCCAUGGUCGGCUUGAUCAUCCUCCUCGGCAUCCUCGGUGGCGGCUAUAGACAAUACAUGGAGAAUAGGCAAAAUAACAGAGGCAGAGAGAAUAUAGAAGCAACAAAGAGUUGUUUAUUUAGCUGA